UUGCAGUCUAAGGGCAGUUCCGGGCUAGGAGAAGCCUUUGCCGCCCUCACCAACUUGAUCCCUAACCAUAAGGAACUACAAGUACCAGGGUCCUUUGCGGCCACCAUAGUCAAGUGGCCAGUGGAAUUGGCCCAGGAUGACAGCUGGAGAAUGGAGUCAGUUUUAUCCAAGUAUGAAAAUCAGAUUACUAUUUUUCCUGACUACUUAGAAGAAUUUCCAGAUACAGAUGAGUUGGUAUGGAUCUUGGGGAAACAGCAUCUCCUUAAAACAGAAAAAUCUAAGCUGUUGUGUGACAUAAGUGCUCGCCUAUGGUUUACAUACAGAAGGAAAUUUUCACCAAUUGGGGGAACGGGCCCUUCAUCAGAUGCUGGCUGGGGAUGUAUGUUGCGCUGUGGACAGAUGAUGCUGGCUCAAGCCCUCGUCUGUAGACACUUGGGAAGAGACUGGAGCUGGGAGAAACAAAAAGAACAACCCAAAGAAUACCAGCAGAUCCUACAGUGCUUCCUAGAUCGAAAAGACUGUUGCUAUUCUAUUCAUCAGAUGGCACAAAUGGGUGUAGGAGAAGGGAAAUCAAUUGGUGAAUGGUUUGGACCAAAUACAGUUGCACAGGUGUUAAAAAAACUGGCUUUAUUUGAUGAAUGGAAUUCCCUGGCUGUUUAUGUUUCAAUGGAUAACACAGUGGUCAUCGAAGAUAUCAAAAAAAUGUGCUGUAUCUCUCCCUUGAAUGCUGGCCCAACUGGUGAGAGCUCUCUUGACUCUCUGAAUGCUUCCAACCAGAGUAAGGGUAUUGCUGCCUGUUGCCCAGCUUGGAAACCCCUACUGCUCAUUGUGCCCCUUCGCCUGGGUAUCAACCAAAUCAAUCCUGUCUAUGUUGAUGCCUUCAAAGAGUGUUUUAAGAUGCCACAGUCUUUAGGGGCAUUAGGAGGAAAACCAAAUAACGCCUAUUAUUUCAUAGGAUUCUUAGGAAAUGAACUCAUUUUCUUGGAUCCUCACACAACCCAGACCUUUGUUGACACUGAAGAGAAUGGAAUGGUUGAUGACCAAACUUUCCAUUGCCUGCAAUCUCCACAAAGAAUGAACAUCCUGAACUUGGAUCCUUCUGUAGCAUUGGGAUUUUUCUGCAAAGAAGAAAAAGACUUUGAUAGCUGGUGUAGCCUUGUCCAAAAGGAAAUUCUGAAGGAAAAUUUAAGGAUGUUUGAAUUAGUUCAGAAACAUCCAUCACACUGGCCUCCCUUUGUUCCUCCUGCUAAGCCAGAAGUGACAACCACUGGGGCAGAAUUCAUUGACUCUACUGAACAAUUAGAGGAAUUUGACCUGGAGGAAGACUUCGAGAUUCUGAGUGUGUAAUAUAGUGAGUGGGGAAUCGACUUAGAAAUCUGUCUUCCAGCUGGUACCAGAAGAACAUGAACUAAUUACAUAAAACUUUUCUAGUCAGCAAGUGCCUGAUAUGCCAACAACAUGCAAACUUGAUACCAAUCAUAUCUGAGCCAAUUAUCACUUAUCAGAAACAAACACCCCCCCCCCCUUUCCAGAAAGAACUAGAACAAUCAUGGAAUCUAGGAACAGAAAGAUUAGGAGUUGUCCUUUGAGUCUCAGCUUGUCUUACAUGGCCACGAAUCUUCAGCUACUGAAAUAAGGAAGUGGACACUUGGAAGGCAGAGGAUUCCCACCUUGCUUCUAGCACCAGCAGAUAAGAGAUGGUUACCCUGUGCUUCUUCACCCUUUUAAGGUGUAACCUCUUUUUGGCUAAAUACUAAGAAGCAAUCUGUAAUCUGUUUUCUUGUGCUAAUAAUAAAGUGGCUGUGUCAGGGGAAAAAA